AUGGCGACGGCGAUACAAGCUCUCAAGGGCGAUGCGCCGCAACAGGCCCGGUCUCUGUACCGCCAGCUGUUGAAGACCGGCGACCAGUUUGCGGCGUACAACUUCCGCGAGUACGCGAAGCGGCGGACGAGGGAUGCGUUCAGGGAGCACCAAAAGGUCGAGGACCCGCGGCAGGUGCAGGAGCUGAUUCAGAAGGGGCUGGACGAGCUCCAGAAGCUCAAGAGGCAAACCGUCGUCAGCCAGUUCUUCCAGUUUGAUCGGUUAGUGGUCGAGGGCGGCGCCGCCGGCAAGCAAAAGGGCGACAAGGGCGGUAUUGUCAGGCAAAAGGAACAAGGCUUUAACUGA